CAACGUCAAAGUCUUGGGUAGUCUAAAGAGUCAAAAUACGCAAAGUCUUAUCCAAUUAUCUUAUGCGUGUGGGUCUCUUCGUUUCGUGGAAGUUAUUUUUAUUCUUCACUUGCUUUACCAAGACGAUUGGUUGGGCAUGGCGGAAUAAAGAAAUAAAUGCGCCAAUAAGGCAACAAUAUAGACUCGGUGGAUAAUUGUCCGCAUUCGCUGGCUUCUGGGAAAGCCUAGAACACGGAGUCACAGAGUGCAUCAAAGGCAGAGAUAUCGUAGGCCAUGGGAUUUGAUGAAGAGGUUGAUAGUGUUAAGAUGCCCUUGAAGCAUACGCGCUCUUCUCCUUCAUCAUCGUCGCCGUCAUCAACUCCACCAACUGAAACUAUGAAGGAUCCACUCAAAAGAACUGGAAACGAGUGGACUGCUUUGGCACAUAUAAUCACAGCAGUGAUAGGCUCAGGUGUGCUAUCAUUAGCUUGGAGCAUAGCACAACUAGGAUGGAUUGCAGGUCCAUUUUCCGUGCUGUGUUUUGCUUCUGUAACGCUUAUUUCUGCAUUUCUUCUCUGCAACUGUUACAAAUCCACUGACCCAGAGUGCACCAUCCGCCAUGGCUCUUACCUUGAUGCAGUUCGGUCAAUUUUAGGAAAGAAAAGCGCUUGGUUUUGUGGGAUCAUUGUUCAAAUUAACUUCAUCAAGGUUGCAAUUGUGUAUACAAUCACCACUGCUAGUAGUAUCGGAGCAAUUCUGAAGUCUAACUGCUAUCACUAUGAAGGGCAUGAUGCUGCUUGUAGCUAUUCAACUACAAUACAUAUGGUUAUAUUUGGAGCGGUUCAAGUUCUAGUGUCUCAGGUUCGUGAUUUUCAGAACACAAAGUGGCUCUCCGUAGUUGCAGCAAUCAUGUCUUUCACAUAUUCAUUUAUUGGAGCAGGACUAGGCUUAGCGAAAGUAAUUGAGAAUAGAGAAAUAAAGGGUAGCAUUACUGGAUUGCCUUCUGACAAUGCGGUUGAGAAAGUAUGGUCAGUUGCACAAGCGCUUGGAGACAUUGCCUUUGCUUUCCCAUUUUCUCUUGUUUUCUUAAACAUACAGGAUACAUUGAAGGAAACUCCUCCAGAAAAGGUGACCAUGAAAAAAGCGUCAACAAUAGCAGUUUGCAUUACAACUCUCUUCUACCUAUGUUGUGGCGGAUUUGGUUAUGCAGCCUUUGGCACCAACACGCCCGGGAACCUUUUGACAGGAUUCGGUUUCUUUGAGCCAUACUGGCUAGUUGAUAUCGCAAACGCAUGUGUCGUGGUUCAUCUUGUUGGAGCAUAUCAGGUAUUCAGCCAGCCAUUGUUUGAAAAUUUUGAGAGCUGGCUUGGGAGGAAAUUCCCGGAGAGUGACAUUGUGCACAAAGAUUAUGAUCUGAAGCGGUUAUUGUUACCAGGUUUUAGGUUGAAUUUACUGAGAUUGGUUUUCCGAACUGCUUAUGUUGCUACAGUCACCGGAAUCGCGGUACUAUUCCCCUAUUUCAACCAGGUGGUGGGAUUUUCAGGAGCAAUAACCUUUUGGCCAGUAGUAGUGUAUUUCCCGGUGGAGAUGUACCUAAAGCAGAAAAGAAUAGAAUCCUGGACGACCAUCAAGAUCGUUCUUCGUACAUAUACCUAUAUAUGUUUGGUUGUCAUUGUAUUUGCCUUUGUAGGCUCUGUCAGAGGGUUGAUAGUUGCAAGGUUCAGCUAGAGACUCUCCACCCUCCAGAAGGAUGUUUUAUAGAGUAUACUCUGUAAGAGGGUUGGUUGGCUGGUGUCAUGUUCUAGUUCAGUCCAAUAGCAAAUGUAAAUACUCUGUGUCUCUGUUAAAAUUUCUUGUGUUUAAGGAAGAGUAUGGCAUGCAAAAUGCUGUUAACAACUCUUGCCUAAACAAUGUAUUUAUUGAAAGAAGAUAUAUAAACAAGAAUUAUUUUCAUA